AUGCCGAAAGUAAAGACAUCACGAGUUAAAUACCCUGAAGGCUGGGAGUUAAUCGAGCCAACGCUACGGGAACUUCAAGGAAAGAUGAGGGAAGCUGAGAAUGAUCCGCAUGAUGGAAAAAGAAAAUGUGAGACUUUAUGGCCUAUAUUUAAAAUUGCACACCAGAAGAGUCGCUAUGUGUUUGAUCUCUACCAUCGGAGGAGGGAAAUUUCUAAAGAAUUGUAUGAAUUCUGUUUAGAUCAAGGAUAUGCUGACCGCAAUCUAAUUGCAAAAUGGAAGAAGCCUGGUUAUGAACGUCUCUGUUGUUUGAGGUGCAUGCAGCCACGCGAUCACAAUUUUGCCACAACCUGUGUCUGCAGAGUGCCAAAGCAACUUAGGGAGGAAAAGGUUAUAGAGUGUGUUCACUGUGGUUGCAAGGGCUGUGCAAGUGGGGACUGA